UAUUUUAGAGAACUUCUCAAUCAUUCAAUCUCAAAUGCUACAUAUCAAGACCCCCUUUUCAUUUUAAAUCUUUUGUUUGCAUUCAUUUUCCUCAAAUUAUUCAAUGGUUUACUACACAUUUACUUUUAUCUGUCCUUUAAAUAUUUGUAUGAUAAAAACUUUUGAAGUAUUUAUCAAGUCAUGUAAAUGUAUUGUAUGACCUUGUGGUCAAUUUACCUGCAAAUAUUGUCUUACAAUGAGGAAGUAAAAUAUAUUUUUAAAUCAAUAAGUAUAAAAAUGGCAUUUUCUCAGUCAAUAGGGAAAGCACAGACUCCGGCUGUGUGUCAGUUCUGUGAAGAAUCCCAAGACAUAAAGUGGAAGUGUAUAAACUGUGAACUAUUUCUAUGUCAACUGUGCUGUUCAAAGAUACAUAGUAAAAUCAAGGCAUCUAUGGAACAUGAAAUUAUAAAUUUAAAAGAUUUUGAAAAGGAGGAUUUUGCCACUUCAGUACGUAAAGUUGACCUUGAAAACAUGGUAUGCACAAUCCAUGACAAACAAAAAUGUUAUAUCUUCUGUAAAGACUGCAGUGAGCCUUCUUGUUCCAAAUGUUUAAUGGAGACUCAUAAAUUGCAUGACUAUAAAGCCAUUGACGAAGAGUAUAAAGAAAUAAUAUCUAAAAUGAAGGAAUUAAUAAAACAAUUUGAAGCCAAUCUUAAAUUCUUUGGUAAUGAAAAGGAACAACUACAAAAAAUGCUUUCAGAUGGUGAUAACAAUUUCCAAGAAACAAGGAAUUUAAUUUUGCAAACUGAGAAAGAAAUGAAAGAGGUCAUUUCAAAACAUGCUAAAGACUUAUUAAAAGAACUUGAAGCAAAAUGGAAACCGUCAAAAAAUAUUAUCAAAAGAGAACUUUCUGCCAUCACAAAGAAUGAGGAGGAGAUGGAAACAAGGAGGAAUAACCUAUACAAAGCACUGCAGUCUCAUCAAGCCAUAGACAUUUUCUCUACAAGUAAAACGUUAGAUAGGUCAAUUCCACAUAAUUCAGUUAAAAAAAUCAAAACAAAUAAAACGAAGUUCAUUCCUACAAAUAUGGAAGUAAAAAAAGAAAGUCAGUCAGUGCUGGGUGACAUUUAUACAAUUCCCACAUUCGAAGUGAUAAACACUUAUCACAGUGAUGUUGAAAAUGUGACAAACUUUAUAUUCUGUAGCGACAAAACAGCAUUUAUAGGAAGCCUCAGAAGUAAAAAAAUACAAAAAAUAAAAUUUGAAACUAAUAAUAUCCAAGUAGAAAGAGGAAUUCAGAUAGAAGUAAACGAUAUGGCAAGUAUAAACGAUGAUGAAAUACUUGUGGUAACUGGAAAAAGUGAUCUAAAACUAUAUACCAAUAAAAUGCUUCGCUGGGCGCAGCUUGAUACGACCGCAGAGGUCGAACCCUGAACAGUUGGGGCAAGUAUGGACACAACAUUCAAGCUUGAUACAGCUCUGAAUUUGGAUUGUGAUUAAAUAUUUGACACAGCAUAGGUUUCUGACACAGAAUGAAUGUGGUCUAAGAACUUAAAAAAAUUUAAUUUACCUAUUCAAACCAUAUCAUUAUUAUUUGCUUUUAUAUAUAAAUCAGAAAUAACCAAUUUAAAAUGGAAAAUUUUAAAGAAAAAAAAAAUCCCUCCCCAAAAUUUUUUGAACCCCCUUAUGAUUCAUCACCCCCAAACUCAAUCCCAGCCUUCCCUUUGUGGUAUGGUACCUUGCAGUACAAUUUCAGAGAGAUCCAUACACUUGAACACAGUUAUUGUCUGGAAACUAAAAAAAUGCUUGUUUUUAGGCCCCUUUAUGGCCCCAAAUUCCUAAAGGUUUAGGGCAAUUACCCUAAAACUCAAACCCAUCUUUCCCUUUGUGAUAUGGAACCUUGUAGUACAAUUUCAUAAAGAUCCAUACACUUACACACAAGUUAUUGUCCUGAAACUAGAAAAAUGCUUGUUUUUUGUCCCUUUUUGGCCCCUAAUUCCUAAAAUUUUGAGGCAAUUACCCCCAAAAUCAAUCCCAGCCUUCCCUUUGUGGUAUGGUACCUUGCAGUAAAAUUUCAGAGAGAUCCAUACACUUGAAGUUAUUGUCUGGAAACUAGAAAAAUGCUUAUUUUUGGCCCCUUUUUGGCCCCAUUAUUCCUAAACGUUUUUGGACAAUUACCCCAAAACUCAAUUCCAGCUUUCCCUUUGUGAUAUGGAACCUUGUAGUACAAUUUCAGAAAGAUCCAUACACUUACACACAAGUUAUUAUCAUGAAACUAGAAAAAUGUUUUUUUGCCCCUUUUUUGGCCCCUAAUUCCUAAAAUUUUGAGGCAAUUACCCCAAAAAUAAAUCCCAGCAUUCCCUUUGUGAUAUGGAAACUUGUGGUACAAUGUCAGAGAGAUCCAUACACUUACACACAAGUAAUGUCUGGAAGUUACAAAAAUGCUUAUUUUUGGCCCCUUUUUGGCCCCUAAUUCCUUAACUGUUGGUACCAUAACCCCCAAAAUCUAUCGAAACUUUCCUUUUGU